AUGCUUAUUUUACUGAAUAAUAUAUUUGUAGAAAUCGACCAUUCUGUUAAAGCUGCAAAGAAAAAACAAGAGGUUGUGCUAGAAUUGAAAGCAAUAGAACAAAAGAAAGAAUUAAAAAAUGGCAGUUAUGUUACCAAAGUGUGGGAAGGUUUGGGUAUAGAGGUAUCAGGAGCAAGAUUUCCCAAGAAACCUGAGGGGACCACUCUUGUCUCUCGAGACACGUCACUCGUGUCGACUCACUGUCGACGUCAACACCCACGAGUCUGGUACCGCCCGUCACGGCUCACUGCCAGACCAAACCAUCAAACGAAUCCACCGUCCGGUGUCCCUCACCAGAAACUAGCCAAAGCCAAAUGUAUUUACAACACACGUUGCGUUAAACAACCGUUGUUGGGUGUCGUUCCUAAUCUAGGCUAUCUUCCAAUUGUCGGACAUUAUUUUGAUGAAUCCGAGAAAUCAGGAUAA